CUCCAGAAACCAACAGUGGUGAGAAAAAUGCAAGAAUUCAUGCGUUCACUGUGGAUUAUGAUUUGGUGCAAAUUCCAUAUGAAAUCACGCUGUGGAUUAUACUGGCAUCCUAUGCGAAAAUUGGAUUCCACUUGUACCACAAGCUGCCAGCGAUAAUGCCUGAGAGCUGCAUUCUGAUAGCUAUAGGUGUAUUGCUUGGGGGAAUCAUUUUUGGUACAGACCACAAGGCCCCUCCUGCUAUGAAGUCGGACAUUUAUUUUCUUUAUCUCUUGCCUCCAAUCGUGCUUGAGGGUGGAUACUUUCUACCCACUCGACCUUUUUUUGAAAAUAUUGGAACAAUUAUCUGGUGGUCGGUAAUGGGGACUCUCAUUAAUGCCUUUGGCAUUGGCCUUUCACUAUAUGGAAUCUGUCAGAUUAAGGCCUUUGGCUUGAAUGAUGUAAGCCUUCUACAAAACCUGCUCUAUGGCAGUCUGAUAUCAGCUGUGGAUCCUGUGGCAGUCCUUGCCGUCUUUGAAGAAAUCUCCGUCAACGAACAGUUAUAUAUGAUGAUAUUUGGAGAAUCCUUGUUAAAUGAUGGAAUAACUGUGGUCUUGUAUAAUAUUUUUAUUUCCUUUACGAAGAUGCACACCUUUGAAACCAUAGAGCCUGUAGACAUUCUAGCCGGCAUAGGUCGUUUCUUUAUGGUUGGCAUUGGUGGAGUAUUCUUUGGAAUCAUUUUUGGAUUUCUAUCAGCAUUCAUAACUCGAUUCACAAAGAACAUUUCUUCUGUUGAGCCUCUUCUUGUUUUCAUGUUCAGCUACUUGUCUUACCUAUCUGCGGAAGCAUUUUAUCUUUCUGGCAUUUUGGCCAUGACAGCGUGUGCAAUGACCAUGAAAAAAUACGUUGAAGAAAAUGUCUCCAAGAAUUCAAAUGUGACAAUUAAAUAUUUUAUGAAAAUGCUAAGCAGUGUCAGUGAGACCCUAAUUUUUAUCUUCAUGGGCGUCACUACUGUGGGGAAAAAUCACGAGUGGAACUGGGCGUUUGUGAUCUUCACGUUACUCUUCUGUCUGAUAUGGCGUGCACUGAGUGUUUUUCUCCUAUUUUCCAUAGGAAACCAUUUCCGCACAUUCCCUUUCACUCUCAAAGACCAGUUUAUCAUUGCCUACAGUGGUUUACGGGGUGCCAGCAGUUUCUCGCUUGUAUUUUUGCUCCCCAUUAUCCUUUUUCCGAGAAAGAAAAUGUUUAUUACUUCUACCAUAGUAGUUAUAUACUUUACAGUAUUCAUUAAGGGUAUGACCAUCGGACCUUUAGUCAGAUAUCUAGAUGUCAAAAAGACACCUAAAGAACAAACAGUUAAUCAAGAAAUUCAUACAAGGUUAAUGGAUCACGUGAAGUCUGGAAUUGCAGAUAUCUGUGGGCACUGGGGACACUACCAGAUGAGACAAAAGUUAAAAAAGAUUGAUAACAAAUUCUUACGAAAGGCGCUUAUCCGUGAAAAUCAGCCCAAGUCAAGCAUAGUUUCUCUUCAUAGAAGGCUUGAAAUUAAACAAGCUAUUGAAAUGACAAACAUUGGUAUGAACAGAGACGCUUCCACAACUUCCUUAGGAACUGCUACAUGCGGUAAAGUGGCUAAGAAUCUGUCUCCUGAAGAUGUAGACCAGAUGAAGGAUAUAUUGACCAAUAGCCUUUAUCAAGUCCGUCAAAGGACACCUUCGUACAUUAAAUACAAUUUACCAACGGAUGAAAGUCGACGACAAAGCCAAGAAAUUUUCAUCCGACGCUAUUCAAGUAUGAAGAAAGGGAGCAGCCUUCCAUGGGGAAGACAGACUGGCACCAAAAAUGUACGUUUUCUAUCCCUUCCUCAUGAUGGUUAUAAAGCUGCAGCAAAAGAUCCACAGCAACAUUGGGUUACAGAUGUUGAUGGAGACACUGACUCAGUAUUUGGUGAAAUAUUGGGAUCUAAAGCAAAAUCACCAUGUAAGAUGACGUCUUUGAAAAGGAGUAGCAACAAACCUAACAGAACUGGAACCUGGCAUUCAAACGAAAAUGGACCUCAAAGACAUUUACUCGCAAGAUCGAGGUAUCAGUCAGCAAACACAAGGUCAUACUUCGAUGUGGUGCUUGAGGAAGAUGUCCACAGUGAGUCUAAUGAAGACAGUGAUAAUGAAGUAGCAGAAUCUUCUACAAGAUGUAAUCUAAGAAGUCCAAACAGACAUGACCAUUCCAAAUAA